AUGGUGACGAGCCCUGAAAAUAAUGGCGAGUGCGAGCCAGUGAAUGAAUACUGGGCGGGGCAAUCGUGGCAAAUGGAUUCCAUACUCUUCACUGAAAGUAAAUAUCUUCUUUCAGAUCCCCUAACGGUAGAAGUUCCGUCCGUAUUAACGAUAAUAAAGACCAUCGCAUCUGUCGGGUUCAGCUACAUUCGCAACGCUGCAGCUCUACAUCUUCGUCCCAAAUCGUUUGCCUUGAGACUAUCAGACUCGCAGACAAUCCAUUCGCCAAAGCACGUCAUAGGAUCAGUCAAGGCGAUUGCCGGUACAUGCUGA